CACUUGCAUUUUUUUUUAGAAAUAAAUAUAUUUUUUUUGUCCUAAAUAAAUGGAGUCUUUGUUGGCUGAGCUUGAUCGAAAACGAAAGCAACUAGACUCAGUUCCAAUUAUAGGUCAAAAAACAUAUUUUAAAAGAGGGGAUUUAUCCAAGGUUCAAGCAGAGGAAUAUCGUAAACAGAAAAACUUGGCUCUAGAAAAGAAAGGGCUUUUAAAAAAUGUAGAGCCUUCUGACUCAGGAGGUGAAGUUAACAAAACUCCUCCAACAAAAAUAAAAAAGCUUGAUCUAAAAUACAAAAAUAUAGAAAAAUCAGAACUAUGUCGACGUUUACGAGAUCUAAAAGAACCAAUCAAGUUGUUUGGAGAAUCCCAUGAAGAUACUUGCCAACGUUUGCGACUGAUUGAGAUGAUAAGCAAUGAUGAAGACAAAGGUUUGCGAAAUGAUUUUAAAGCCGCAUUAGAUAGAGUAGAUCAAAGUUAUAUUGCUCAGUUAAACACAGAAGGGAGUAGCGAUAGCACCAAUAAAGCUCACGAUGUGAAGGUUUCUCACGAUGCUCUUUCUAUAGAAGAGUUAAUUGAACUUUCACAGAAUAUUGAGAAAGGAAAUAUGCAGCAAAGCGCCCAAAUGGUUCUUGAAUUUUUAAAACAUUUGUCUUACUUGUGGGGUGUGGAUUUAAAUAAACGUGAACUUCAUGAAAAGAUAUCUAUUUCUGGAAAACUUAGCAGUGCUCAAUAUGAACAAACAAUGGCAUACUUAAAGCCUCUUUUUCGUAAGUUAAGAUCUCAAAGUUUGACAGCUGAUAUAUUGAAUGCUUUAACUGGUAUUGUACAAAAUUUAAUUCAUCGUGAAUAUGUUAAAGCUAGUGACUUGUACUUACAAAUGGCAAUUGGAAAUGCACCAUGGCCUAUUGGUGUCACCAACCCUGGUAUUCACGCUCGAACUGGUAGAGAAAAAAUAUCAACUGCUCUUGUUGCACAUGUGCUUAAUGAUGAAACUCAACGAAAAUAUAUACAAGCAUUAAAGCGCCUAAUGACAUUUUGCCAAAAGAAGUAUACAGCAGCUCCUUCAAAAUGUGUUGAAUAUCAGUCUAUCCAAUAGUUUAUUGAGUUAUGCAUGAGAAGUCCAAAAAAUAUAAUACAAAAUUUAUAUUACAUAAAAAUACUAAAGUAACUAAAGUUAAAAUGGAAUUAAAUUA